UGGUGAACUGAAGUUACUUAUUUGAAAAGAGACUCAAUCACAAUCACUGCAGACUUGAAGAAAAGAUCCAAUCAAUAGAAGAUAUAACAAGAUCCCAAGGUCCCCGCUGAGGCGGUGGAGUAGAUAAGCACAAUGGAGGACAUAAGAUAUCGAGGAAAGAAAAGAGAGGGAAGACACAGGGACACAUGGGAUCCAUUCCAGCUAAACCCUAUUGGAGCGGAGAAGGAGAAGAAGCAACACUGUCUUCUGGUGGCCCAGUACAUGGUGGCUAUUUUUGUGGGCAUAGCCGUGUUGGUCAGUGCUGUUGUUGCUAAGGGCUCUCUUUUGGUUCUGUCAACAUUGUCCAGUUCAAGUUCUAUGCGCAGCGAUAAGGAAAGACAGUUCUACAGGCUGAUGCUGGUCUUCUGCCUGGUGUGCCCCAACUUCCUGGUGUUUAUGAAAUCCCUGUGGCGAUGUGCCUUCAAGAGCUUUGUGAAGCCCAACUUGAGGACCAUGUCAUUUGUCUGUGCCAUUGAAUGUCUGGUGUCUCUUGGUACUUCAGUCCUGGUCCUCGUUGUUAUGCCGCAGUUUGACGUGCUAACUAACCUCUUCAUCAGUGGGGGAGUCUGUAUUGUCUCUGCAAUACUGCAGAUCGUAUUCAGACUACAAAGAGAAACCUGGAAAAUUGUGUUCCCAGUCUGCUCCCUCAUUCUCACAGUGGCUGGUUACUGCCUCCUUGCCCUCGACUACUAUGUCCGUGUGACAUCGUAUGUGGAAAAUCAAACUUAUGAGUGCUACAUUUAUGUGGGAAUUGGAAUUUUCUCUUCACUUCUAAUCUCCCUCUGCUGGUGGGAAAAUCCAUUGCAGGCUUCAAACAACAUGCAGGAAACUCUGUCAGAAUUAGACGGUUUCAGGGAUUUUGUCUUUGUCAUCAGCAGCAUUCUGAGGAUAUUGGUGAUAGGGGCAGUAUACCUGAUCUACUAUGUGCUCAUUGACAAAUCCAUCAUCUGGGCUAACUUUAACCUCCAAGGCGAUGAAUGGGAACUCCUGCAAACUGGACUGGUGCUGUUUUUCUUACAGGCUUUCUGCUCAGCAGCCUGUCACUGGUUUGGUGUAGUGGCCUGUAAGAUCCAUGCUGUCAGGAUGAGUUUUGCGCUACCAGUAUGCUGCACAGGACCGUCAGUGCUGCUGUUGGGACUGAUACUUUUCAUCACCCAGGCACAAUCACUGGCUGGUGCAGAGCAAGGGAGCAUCACAGAUUUUUGUGAAAGCUUGAUCCACCUGAGCAAUAAAAAUACAACUCCUAUGGCUUUACUUGAGGUUACCAGGAGCAUCUGUCGGACGUCACUCAACAGCUACUACUUGCAGUGGCCUUUUUCAAUGCUGGCACUGGAGGGAGUGUGUAUGUGGUCAGGCUUUGUCACAUGUACCUACUACGUAUGGAAGAUCAAGGUCCAGCGCAUUGAAAGGACCUCUCAGCUUUUUGUCCGUCGACUCUAUGAAUCUGCUUUCAUCGAUCUGUCUCUUCUGCUCAACACCAAGAUGAAGCUUCCAAAAGCACAAAACUAUGAGAACCAAGAUGAGCUCCAGAAAACUGUGAUCUAUCUUUGUGCUACCAUGUGGCAUGAGACCUAUGAUGAAAUGCUGAAGAUUCUCACAUCCAUGUUCAGGUUGGACCGCUAUCGAGGUGAUCCAAAGGAGGACCACAAGGACUGUUUUGACUUUGAGAAUCACGUUUAUGUGGACGAUGCCUUUAUGACCGAAGAAGGCACAGGAAAGAGGCUGGUCAAUUCCUAUGUCAAUGACUUGAUCCACGUAGUAUUAGAGGUUUAUAGGGUGUUUACCAACAAAGAGCCAGAUGAAGUGUCAAUCGUUGAGACUCCUUAUGGUGGAAGGCUGCUGUUUGUCUUGCCAGAAGGCAACAUGCUGUUUGUUCACCUAAAAGACAAGAAACUAAUCCGGAACAAAAAACGAUGGUCCCAGAUAAUGUACAUGUAUUAUCUGCUCGGCUGGAAGGGCUACAUCUCCAAGAACCCUCAAAAGAUCCCAAGGCAGAACAACACUAGAGACAGUUUGGUCUCUAUGGAUGGUGAGAUUUUCUUAAAUCCUCAGUAUGACAAUGACAGCAAGAGAAAAUUGAUCUCAGAUGACAACACAUACAUCCUGGCUCUGGACGGGGACACAGACUUCCAACCUAAAGCAGUGAUUCUGCUUGUUGACAGGCUGAGGAUGUAUGACAAUGUAGGUGCAGCAUGUGGUAGAAUCCAUCCUACUGGCAUGGGACCCAUGGUGUGGUACCAGAAGUUCGAAUACGCAGUAGGCCACUGGCUUCAGAAGACAGCUGAACAUGUGUUUGGCUCCGUGUUGUGUAGUCCGGGAUGUUUCAGUCUGUUCAGGGGGUCUGCCAUAAUGGAUGACAAUGUUUUGAAGAGGUACACAACAACUGCAACAAGAGCUUCAGAAUAUGUGCAAUAUGACCAAGGGGAGGAUCGCUGGCUGUGUACUUUGCUACUGCAACAAGGAUGGCGAGUCGAAUACAACGCUGCAUCAGAUGCAUACACCAACUCACCACAGGAGUUCAAAGAGUUUUACAACCAAAGGAGACGAUGGGGACCAUCUACACUGGCCAAUACACUGGACCUUUUGCACAGUGGCGCAGAGACGGUGAAGAGAAACUCGUCCAUCUCAAGGCUUUAUAUCUUCUAUCAAAUGUUCACUGUUGGAUCUUCUAUCCUGGGGCCAGCCUCUGUGACUCUGAUGGUAGCAGGUGCUUUUCAGUUUAUCUUCAGACUUGCCGGUACAACGUCUAUCAUCAUUGCAAGUGUUCCUCCCGUGUUUUACAUCAUCAUCUGCUUCAUAACCAAGGCCAACACCCAAAUCACAAUCGCUGGCAUUAUGAGUGUUCUUUAUGCAUUCCUCAUGACUGCAUCCUUCUUUUCUAUCAUUGGUGAUAUGGUGAUGCAGGGCACCUUCUUGACCCCUACUGGUUUGUUUCUGGUUUCUAUGACGGUCAUGUACUUGGUGACAGCUAUACUACACCCACAAGAGUUUGGGAUGAUUAUCUAUGGUCUGAUGUAUUUCAUCUGUAUCCCCAGUGGAUACCUUCUACUGACCAUCUACUCACUGGUUAACAUGGACAAUGUGUCUUGGGGCACAAGGGAAUCCAACAAGGGUGGAGGAGAAACAAAGAAAUACCAUAACGUUCUGUGUGACAGAAAAUGUGCACUCUGCUGCUGGGAUAUGAAGAUACAGAUAACCCAAGAAACAGAGAAUCGGAUGCUUCAACAGAUCACAAGUCAGACUGUACAGCAAGUCCAAGCACUCACAAACACCAAAUACCAAGAACUGCCUUUACAGCCAGCCUCAAAACUGGAGCCUGAAAACAAACUGGAUAUGACAACUGAAGCAGAACAAAUUAAAAAUUCUGCAGCUGGGGACCACAAAGGGAGCAUGUCAAAAAGCAGCGACCUCGCUACCACUCACAGUGAUGACAGCAUUGAGAAAAAGAGCUUAUUAAGCUCAUCUGAUGAAGACAGUGACGAUGAUGAUGAUAAUAAUAAUGACAACAUGAAUGCUAAUUUAGGGGAAAUGGAAGAGGAAUCUGUCGCAGACUGGGUGGAGCCAGUACAAAAAGAGUUUUUGAAGAAGCUGACUUAUGCCAACAUGAAGAGAAAUCUACAGGAACAAAUAAAAUACACACUCCGCAACAAAAAUGAUGAUGAAGUGUGUGACGACUUGGUCCUAAUGUUAACCGACACACUUAAUGUAGAGCUCAGUGGAGUGGGACCUGAAGAUAUUUUGCCACAAAUUAAGCUUGAGGAGUUGCAAUUCGCACUGACAAAGCAGGCUCGCCAAAUCCUGAAAACCAAUCGAAUGAUGAGAUUAGAAAAGAGGGUGAAACGAGCCAUUGAGAAAACCCUAACUGCCCCACUUGUACAGAAACUAGAUGAGGGUGAGAAUGACUUCUGGAACAAACUACUUGAGCGCUACUUGAAACCUAUUGUGGAAUCAGAAGACCAUAAACAGGACGUCAUCAGAGAACUCAAGUCACUGCGCAACAAGGCAGUGUUCCUGUAUUUCAUCGUCAACGUGCUUUGGGUGGUGGCUACCUUUUUCCUGCAGGCCAUUGGAAAUGAUGUUAUCAGCAUCAAGAUCCCCAAAUACACAUCAUCAGGAAAUCUUACCGGAGAGUACCUCAAGGUGGAGCCCGUCAGUUUGAUGUUCUUGUUGUCCUUUGCUAUUCUUCUCCUUGUCCAAUUUCUGGCCAUGCUUUAUCACAGGGUCUACACUCUGAUCCAUGUUGUCUCCUAUCGCAGCACAGAGAAAGAUUACGUAGAGAGAGAUGAAGAUAAGGAUGAAGAUGAACUCACUGUAGCAAACGAAUAUGCCAUUUCUAUCACCACCGAGGACUUGUAGUCAGUAACAACCAGCUGUAACACAAGAAAUCCCACACUGGCAUCAUCAGAGGCAACAAAUCAGCUUUUUUGCCUAAAAAAAAGGCUGUUUCCUCCACCCAAGCUUUUUUCUUUCAGCUUUCACAAUGUAUUAAAUAUUCUGUUUUUUGUUUCAUCACAUUAUCACUUUUAAGACAGGGCACAUCUUAAACUUGCCAAAACAAAAAAUAAUGAAGUUCAUCUGUUCUGCAGCAGCUGUUUGGUCUCCCAGCAGGAGAUUAGAGUGAAAUCCAUUUCAGGAGCAAAAAUGCACAAGGGAAAUCAGUUUUAACAGAUCAAAUAAGCUUUAUUUGACAAUGCAAAAUGAGAUUGCGAGUGUGGGUUUCAACAUGAUUUCAUUGGUGGUG